GUGAUUCAAGAUGUCAUUGAAAUUUUCAAGUUCCGUAAAUUCGUGGAGAUCGAUACGCAUCCAAAUGGUGGCGCGUCGAUUUUAAGAACAGACUGGAACAAUAUAAGGAAACAUUUCGACGCAGAAGAUAGAGUGGAAUUUGCCAAGCAAUUUAUCCGUCUUGGAUUAGCAGAAUCUAAUGGGAUACCUGUUUUCGUCAUAGGAGUUCUGGAGAAUGCCGCUUCGUACCUUGUGGAUGUCUUUCAAUACAUGCAUGAGAAGCACCCACAAUUGCCAGUUAAAGUUGGAUCUCUGACAAAUAAACAAGUUGUGGAAACUAUGUCAUUCAACACGUAUUACAAGCAAGUCAUGGAAACUUGUCAUCAUGGGACAUUCAGAACUGGUCCUAUGCACUCAGUCUCAAUGGUUGGUGCCAAACAAGAGGAAUGUGGUGACUAUUUUGCUGAACUCUUAGCAGAAUUGGAGAAGUCUCCCAUUUUACGACCAAUAAUGCCAUGGGGGGAAUGGUCGACGUUAAAUCUCGACAAUAUUACCGAAUGUGACGAUGGCCCGAUAUUUUGGGUUCGUCCAGGGGAGCAGCGUCGGGAGUUGUUGUUCGAGGAUCGCACACCUUGUCAUGCUGAUCAUGUUGGUGACGGUCUGGAACGCAAAACCACGGCAGCCGUUGGUAUUCUUCAAUCAAUACGAGCUCCGAACGAAAAGCCAUCUCGACGAGCGGUCAAAGAUGUUGUCUGUUUCCAUGCCGCCGAUUUUGAGCGAAUAGUGGAGACUUUGCAGCUUGAUUUGUAUGAACCUCCAAUGUCUCAGUGUGUACAGUGGGUAGAAGAAGCAAAAUUGAACCAGCUUCGUCGAGAAGGUGUUCGAUAUUCGAAGUUUCAGCUCCAUCACAAUGAUAUUUAUUUUUUGCCGCGGAAUAUAGUCCAUCAGUUUCGUACAAUAUCUGCCUGUGCUUCUAUAGCAUGGCACGUACGACUUCAGCAGUACUAUGUGGAACGAACUUCUGAGUGA